AUGGGUGAUACAAAAGAAGCUAAAAUGCAGAUAACACCAGAAACUCCAGGACGAGUCACAGUCCUGAAUCCUUUUGAAAGUCCCAGUGAUUAUUAUACUCUUCAGGAGCAGAUUGUCUCCAGUCCUUCAGUCUUUAAAUCAACAAAAUCCUCAUCUACACCAGGAAAAUUUAGAUGGUCUAUUGAUCAGCUUGCUCUAAUAAAUCCUGUGGAAAUUGACUCGGAAGAUGUUCGACGCCAAGCAAUGUAUUUGAGUCAUGCUAGAAUUGACAAGGAGACAGAAGACAGAAGGCAAAAAGCCAUUGAGGAGUUUUUCACAAAAAGACUCAUAGUUCCUUCUCCUUGGACUGAACAUGAAGGCAAGCAAGUUUCUCAGUUUAAUUCAACUAAAUCCAUAGACCUAAAUAAUAUUUCUCCAAUUGGAAGACAGCUAACUUUGCAGCCUGGGAAAAGCAAUGCUGCUUGUCAGACAGUACUGUCUUUGCCAGUGGAUUUUAAUUUAGAGAAAAUACUAGGUGAAUAUUUUAGAACUGAUGAAUUUGCAGAUCAGUCUCAGGAAAAUCUGAGCUCUUCAUCACUCAGAAGAAAGCUGUUUUUAGAAGAAAAUGGAAGUGUAUCUGAGUGUUUGUCCCCUUCUCUGCAUAGUCCAUGUGGUAGUCAGCCACUUGGAGUGCUUUGUUCAAUUGACAUAUCUCCAGUCCGGUGCAGAAGCCCUCUGGAAACAUCUAGUUCAGGUCAGUUUUCCUCAAGUCCUAUUCAGGGAGGAACAAGGGCUUAUAGUCUUGGAAGUAUAACCAGUCCCACAUUUCCAGAGGGGUCUCCUGCACAUAAUGGUUCUCCUACUUUUUCACCAAUUGCUUUUCACAUAAGAAAGACGCCACUGUCAGACCAAAGAAAAUUUACAUUUCGUUCUCCAGAUAUUCCUUCUUCCUCAAAUAGAAUGACACCCCCAAGUACAAGAAGUCCUUACAUAGAUGGUUGUUCUCCAAUUAAAAAUUGUUCUCCUAUGAGGCUUGGAGCAUGUAGAGGGACUGCCCAGUAUCAGACUUCUGUCAUUAGAAUACCAAUUGCAGUCGAAAAUCAUCGUGAGGAUGAGGAAGACAAGGAAAAUGUUUCUCCAGCAGAAGCUCGGUUCCCAGAAAUGGAUAAUGGAAUAAACUUAUGUCAGCAAGAUGGUGAUACUUUUGCACAUGGUACACAUCUCGUGGUAGCAACUGUGUCUAUUGCACCAGAUCGCUCGGAAGCUUGUCAUCAAAGGUUGUCGUCAUUUCAGGAUGUAGAAGGCUCAAAGGAAAACAAUACUGUAGAUAUGGCUGAUGCAGCUGAAGUGUCGGAGGAGAACACUUGGAUAAAAGAAACAAUUGGCAAUAGCAAUGCGCCAAUGACCAGCUUUAUGACAGGGAUUACUUUCAGUAUUGAAAACUCUCGCAUGUGCAUGUCACCUCUUGCAGAAAGCAGUGCAAUUCCUUGCGACAACAGUAGUAUUCAGGUGGACAGUGGUUAUAAUACACAGACUUGUGGAAGCAGCAUUAUGGAUACUGCAGGGGCUGAAAACAGUUGCAGAGAAAAUGAUGUGAAUACUAAUGUGUUUCAGAAUAAAUCUCAGCUUCUUAGAACAAAGGAGUGUUCCGUUUUAAACCAUAAGGACAAUCAGUUGCUGAGAGCAAAAUCUCCAGAGAAGCAAUCCUGUUUCCAAAAAGCAAAAACACAUAGUACAGUAUUUGGUCAAAAUGCAACUUGCAACAUUUCUGCCUGGAAACAUAAAAAUGAAAAUCAAGUUCAGGGAUUUCACAAAAAUGGUAUGUAGUUUUCUGAUGGAUGAUUUAAAUUGUGUUGUCUAAUAAAUUUUUAUGUAUAU